UGCGCCAUGAGGAUGAUGAAAAGCGGCGGCUGGUCGCGAUUUCUGUCCAUAACUACCCUUGACUUUACCAAGAGCGGCCCUCAGAUAUUGCUACGCCGUUUGCUCGCUCUCUCAGCCGGACAAUUAGCAGAAUGGUCAACCAGGGAAGAUUCUGUCUGCAAAUAUUCUUGGGUCUCUGUGUGAUUGCUGUGCUUACAAAUAUCUCAGAAGCCAAAGUGAAUUGCAGGAAAUUUGUCUAUGCACCUGUGUGCAGAGGAGUAGCAGCUAAGAGGGCAUUUCCAACUACACUGGAGAAGAAACUCAACUUUUACAUUCCAGACAGUAGUAAAUUUGACAGCGACCUACCCGAUGUGGAAUACACAGCUUCUUCACCUGAGAACCUGUUGCUGGUUCGCGGUCUGUUGCAGGGGCACAGGGGUGGCCAGGGUCCCUCCCACCUCUCCUCGGCAACACAACAGGCUCAACAGCUCCUCCCCUCCCAGACGGUCGAUCAGUUCUACGACUAUGAAUGAAACCUCACCACCCCACAAAUAAUCGAGAUAUUCUGAUUUUGUACAAUAUUUCAAAAGCUCAUUCCGUUUCUAAUGUUUAAGUCUUCUUGUCGAAACUGGUUGUCAACGCUACCUAGUUGUGUAAUACCAAAUAUUCUUGUUUAAUUGAUUUUAUUAGUACCGUACCGUAGAUUAUUGGAUUAUUUCCACAAAAAAACAUGAUAUUAUUAACUUGAUAAUGUUAAGUUAUAGUGUGAUACAUCACUAUUCCUUAACUAUUCAUCAAUUCAACAUUUGAUGCAGUUUAUUGUUUACUGUUCAAGCUAAUUCUAUGGAAUAUUAUGACUAUGCUAUUAAGUCUAGUUGGAAUGAAUUAAGAUUAAUGUAUCAAUUUGAUGUUCCCUUUUUCCUUGAUAUUCUUCAACUGGGCUAUUCAUAAUUAUCCUCAAUACAGGUACUCUAUAAAAAUACUAGAAUGGAAUUUUUGAAAUAAUUGGAACUAGCCUACACAGUUAAUAAAUUGUUCAAUACAGGUGAUUUGAUUUUAAAAUUAUUAUUUAAUCAGAUAUUAUUUUGAAACUGGAUUUAGAAUUCAUCCUAGAUCAGUGAGUAUACUAUCUUAAACUUUUUUUGCUGAAGUGAGUUUAUUGAAUAACUUUCUCUUUCAUGAUAAAAAUACUUAAUUCAUUCAAUACCUUACCGUACCGAAAAAAAAGUUUUUUUCAAAUCAUAAAAGCAUAAUAUUGUAUUGACUGAACAACAACCCUCACACUGGAAACAAAUACCGUACCAUCGAAAUUAUUAACUGUUCAAUUCUUGUUGAUUCUUAGUAAUGUCCAUGAUUGGUCGAUUAGUAUGUCUUUCAGUCUAUUUGGUUAUUUAUAAGAUUAAGUGCAUAUUAUAAAUAAUAAUAAUAUAAUGACAUGAACGAUGGAAUUCAAGAAACGAUCACUGAUUUGUAUUCAUGCGUAUUACUUUUCCAUUCUACAUAUUGAUACUUCGAAUUUCUAGGUAACUCAAACAAUUUCCAAAUAAAUCACAUCAGUACUAUAAGCACAAUGUAGUCUUCUCAAAAAAGUAGUUGUUAUUAGAACUUGAAAAAUUUAAUUGUUUUGAAUUUCAUUUAUUACUCUCAAUAGUCAUUUUAGUUUUUGAUCUGGUGAUUUAGAAUUAUAUAUGGUAGAAUAAGUUGAAACUAUAUCAAUUUCUUGUUAAUAAAUGUUAUUAUUUUUCUAUCG